AUGGUCGCGCCAAGGGCGGCCGCUGUGGCGGCGUUACUUUUCCUUUUGUCGACAUUUGGCGCGGUAUCUGCAGGUCGCAGCCUACAGCAGGCUUCUGCCUCUGCCUCCGCCACCGCCAUCGCCUCCGCGCUUACCGGUGGAGAUGCCCGGGCAGCUGCGCAGGCCAUUGCGAACGCGUCUGCCAGCGGGGGCGCAAGCGCUGCAGCUCAGGCCAUCGCUAAGGCUGCAGCUUCAGCUCCCGGUACCACUGCUCAGGCAGCAGCUCAGGCCCUCGCGCAAGCCCAAGCCGCUGGUAACGCAAGUGCUGUCGCUCAGGCCCUGGCACAGGCUGCGUCUGAAGGAGGCAGCGCUGCAGCGCAGGCGGUCGCCCAGGCCUUGACACAAUCCGUCUCGGAGGGCAAUACCGGUGCCGCAGCUUCAGGUAUCGCCGCCGGCGCAAGCCAAGGCGGAGCUGCUGCUCAGGCGACGUCUCAGGCCAUUGCGCAGGCCCUCUCCCAGGGCGGCUCGAGUGCUAGCGCAGCUGCUCAAGCAGUCGCGCAAGCUUAUUCGCAGGGCAACAGCGGCGCAGUAGCUGGCGUGCUGGCUCAGGCCUUGGCGAACGCCGAGGCCGCAGGUAACGCCUCCGCCGUCGCCAACGCACUGGCAUCCGCCGCCGCCGCCGGUGGUACGGAGUCCCAGGCCUUUGCCCAAGCCGCCGCACAAGCUAUCGCUUCCGGCGGUUGCGGUGCGCUGGACCAGUCCCUAGCGCAGGCCCAAGCUCAGGCUCAGGCGGCGGGUAAUGCGCAGGCGUUCGCGCAGGCCAUUGCGCAGGCGCAAGGGACAGCCGCCGGAGGGGUAGUGUCGCCGUCGCCGUCGCCGUCGCCGUCGCCCAGCCCGUCGCCGGCUCCGGGUCCUGCUGCGGCCUCCGCCAGUGCCUUCGCCUCUGCCGUCGCGUCCGGCAAUGCCAAUGCCGCAGCUCAGGCUCUGGCAAACGCUGCAGCUCAGGCUGGCGGCAACGCCCAGGCCGUGGCUCAGGCUGUGUCACAGGCGGCUUCUUCAUCCACGGGUACAACUGCCCAGGCCAUCUCUCAGGCUCUCGCCCAAGCCCAAUCUAGCGGAAACGCCGCUGCUGUCGCUCAGGCGCUGGCCCAGGCGGCUGCUCAGGGGGGCAGCUCCGCAAACGCUGUGGCACAGGGUGUUGCUCAGGCUAUCGGCAGCGGGCAGGCCACUGCAGGAGCCCAGGCCAUUGCCCAGGCCGCCGGCAGCGGCGGCGCCUCCGCUCAGGCUGCAUCAAAUGCCAUCGCCCAAGGUCUCGAAGCGGGUGGAGGUGAGGCCAGCGCCACCGCCCAGGCCGUCGCUCAGGCCUACAGCCAGGCAAGUAUCCCUCAUGAGGGUGGGCUGGGCGGGCAAGGAGUGGCUGUUUCUGCGGGUAAGGCGCAGGCGGCGGGACGUGCCAUCGCACAGGCUCUCACUUCGGGCGACCCGAACCAAACGGGCGCCUUCGCGGCCGGCCUGGAGGACGCGACUGCCGGCGGCUGUGGUCCUGUGGCGCAGGCCCUGUCAGAGGCUCGAGCUGCGGCUGCCGCCAGCGGCAAGGGUCAGGCUCUUGCGCAGGCCCUCGGUUCCUCGGCUGUCGGCUGUGCGUUCCCCCGCUGCGACCCCUUCUUCACACCGGCUGACUGCUGCGGCUCCAACAACGCAGCUUCCAUCUCCGCCGGCAAAUGCGGCUGCCUGGGUGGGCUCUGUCGGUACAGUCUGGUGCGGGCUAACCCAACGGUUUGGCGGAGUACCUUUGGUGCUCUCCCCGGGCUUGGGAAGGUGGCAUGGACGUAUGCUUAUUAUGAGGCAGUAAGGCAGGUAAAAGGGUAUUAA